GCAGGUCAAAGUGGUUCCAGGACAUGUCUGCUGUUUGUUGAUACUGAAGUAACACUCUGGACUCAGAGGAGCAAAGCAAACUAAAGUGUCAAUAAUUUCACAGCCAGAGCUCGUCUACUUCUCACAGUCCGUCCUCUAACAGACUGGAACAAAACCUCGCCACAUCCACUUGACAUGGACUUCUCCAUCCGCGAGGCAAACCUGGACGACUGCAAAGACAUCGCGCGGAUGAUCAUGGAACUGGCAGAGUAUGUGAAACUGGCAGAGCAUGUGAAAGUGACCCAGAAAGACUUGGAGCAAGAUGGCUUUUCCAAUAAUCCGUUUUUUCAUGGGAUCAUCGCUGAGGUGCCAGAACAGCACAAAACCAAAGAAGGCCACACAAAGAUCGGCUAUGCGCUUUAUUUCUAUGCUUACAGCUCCUGGUCAGGCAGAGCCAUUUAUAUGGAGGACCUGUAUGUGAUGCCUGAGUUCAGAGGGAAAGGCGUUGGUAAAGCACUAAUAAGCAAGGUGGCACAGCUGGGUCUGGCUGCUGGUUGCCACCAGCUCAACUUCACCGUCCUGGACUGGAACAAACCAUCGAUGGACUUUUACCUCAGCCAGGGCUGCUUCAAUAUCACUGCUACCAUGGGUUACCACUGCAUGCGCUGCGAGGGAGAGGCGCUGAAGCACCUGGCUCAACUUUAACCAAUUCAUCAUGACCUUGUGACCCUUGCAGCCAUGAAGUCAGCCCACGCACUGCAGGGAUGGAGCACCACUCAGUGGCUCAUUUCCAAAAUCUGACAACAUGAAGGCCCUACCACUACACAGGCUUUCUGAAGGUCUGUGCACAUAGGCUUAUUGUGAAACAUGCCUUUAAAAAUUAAUAUAGUUAUGAUAUGAUAGAUAUGUCUGUAUACAGAUAAAUGGCAUAACUUAGGUUUUCUAAUUGAGUUGCAGUUACAUUUUGGCUCUCAGGCAGUGGAUGUUCCAGUCCUGAGAGGUUUUUUACAUUAAAGUGUAUAACGUCAUAGAAUAAAGCUAAUUACAUAUAUUU